CUUGGCCGUACCUGUGCCCUCAACAGACCAUGACCGCCUGCCUGAAGGAAGAAUACUGGGAUGCGCUCUUGUACGAAUGCAAGGCCUGCUCGCUGGUCUGUCAGACAUCCAGGAUCAGGAGUUGUACUGAGGUUUGCAAGUCCAUCGAAUGCGGCAAGCGUGCAGGUUUCUACUACGAUACGUUCAUCAGGGAGUGCGUCAACUGCACCACCAUUUGCGGACAGCACCCCCGGGAAUGCCAGCCCUUCUGCAGAAGUGAGCCUGCCCCCUUACCUGCACCGGCUGCUCUAGCGUGGAAGCUGGACAACGCAUACGACCAGCAACUGGUGGUCUACCUCAUGCUGGGACUCUGCCUCUGCACCCUGCUCUCCUCGUUGCUGUUGACCUGGAUUUAUUUUAGAAAGCGGGGGGGAGAGGUGACCUGUCACACCGGCACCAUCGCUUGUCACAAAAAGGGGGACGUCCCAAAAGAAUGCCUCAUGGACGUAGGAAGCGUGGGAAGCAAAUCCAGCGGCAGUCAGACUCUGGAGCCUGUUGAAACCUGCGGCUUCUGCUUUCCGGAGCAAAGCCCCGUUCAGGAGUCCAGGGCAUGUCACAGGACGUACCAACUCGGAGGCAGGGAGGAUGCUGCUCCUGCUGCUGGAAUGUCCUCGUCAGGGAUUGUGGGAACAAUCCCUACCCCUGAGAACGGCCACUUCCAGAUCAUAUGCUCCCCCUCGCAAGAGAAGGUGCAGGCGACUUGAGGGGGACAAGAUUGGAGAUCUGUGGAGAACCCUCAAAACACAAAACAAGGAAGCUGCUCGACUUUUUCAGAUUUCUGCCCUGCCUUGCCUUAAGAACUGGCCCACGCAAAUCAUCAGUGGCCAGCAUUAGAAAGAAGCAAUCUCUGGAUUUCAGGGUGCAAGCAGUGUUUGAACGUCUCUCAAACCCUUUGGACCCCCCCCCCCCCCCCCGGUGCAAACUAUCAGGACAAACCCCGUCCAUUUGCAAGCACA